AUGCCAGUCCUUUCCGAGCCGCAACACCAUGCCGCCCAGCUCUCAUCUCCCCUCUACGUCUUCUUCGCCGCCAUCCUCUUCCUUUCCCUUGGUACGCUUCUGACUCGAAGCCAACGACGGAGUUCUCAAACAGUCCCUCCACCUCCGCCAUCACCAUCAUCACCAUCACUACUCAACGAAAAACAACCUCUCCUCCCACCCUCCCAAACACACUCCCCCCCAACAUCUCAAUAUCAACCCCCGCUGCCUCUUCCCCCUCCUCUCAACAAUUCAAUCCCACCACUCCCCUCCUCCCACCCCGCCUUCUUCGACCCCUCCUCGGCCGCCUCCGCCGACCUCCCGCCCCGCCGCCGGAGCUACACCAAGACCACUCCCACCGGCACCGAAGUCAGUGGCGAGAUCCUCGUCGCCGAGGGCUGGCGCCGCCAUACCAGGGUCUUUGGCGGCGGCGUCUGCAUCGCGUGUCAGGAGAGCGAGCGUCGUUUGUCCGCUUGA